AUGGCCAUAAAUGGCCCCGGGCCCAUCACCCUACCACCCCGGGACGGCCUAUCACCAGGUCCACUGUCACCGCCGGCUCCCUCGACCCCGGGUUUCGGAAGGUCCUCAAACCCCUUAUCCUCAAAAGUCACUACUGUACUCUCAAAUCCGUACGCUGAUUCCGAGUUCCGGGAGUCCUUGACACUGUUGGAUGAGCGCGGCAUCGGCAACAGCGCAGAGACCCGAAGACAACUGCGGUUGGAUGUUCAGAAAGAUGUCAUUGAGAGUAAUGGCGAGAUCAUCAAAGAGUUCGGCCGCGUGGCCGAGCAAUUGAGAAGGAUUGGCACCACCAUCGACAAGCUCAAUCAGAGCUAUCAGGAGAUGAAAAGCCAUGUCACGGCAGCCCACGAUGCAACCUCUUCGACUCUUGAGGAGGCCUCAUCACUGAUGACGCAGAAAAGGAAUGUCGAGACGAAGCAACAGCUCCUGAAAGCCUUCCGCGAGCAUUUCGUUCUCUCGGAAGAUGAGAUUGCCUCCUUGACAUCGACAGUCGAAACUGUCGACGACCAUUUCUUCCUAAUAUUAGCCAAGGCAAAGCGCAUCAGAAAAGACUGCGAGGUCCUGCUCGGGUUCGAGAACCAGACGCUUGGCCUCGAGAUCAUGGAUCAGACAUCUAAAAAUCUGAACCAGGCAUUCCAGAAGUUGUAUCGCUGGAUCCAGAAGGAGUUUAAGACACUAAAUCUCGAGAACCCUCAAAUCAACUCAUCUAUUCGGCGCGCACUUCGUGUACUAGCGGAGAGACCAUCUCUGUUCCAGAGCUGUCUCGACUUCUUUGCGGAAGCCCGAGAGCAGAUCCUCUCGGACUCCUUCUACCUCGCUCUCACCGGUACAUCUGCGUCAGGGUCGAAAGACCACUCCGUCAAGCCCAUCGAGCUGGCCGCUCACGACUCUCUACGAUACGUGGGAGACAUGCUUGCAUGGGCUCACUCGGCAACGGUUAGUGAACGCGAAGCCCUCGAGGUCCUCUUCGUCUCGGACGGCAAUGAGAUCGCAAAGGGCAUGCAGGAAGGGCGCGAGAACGAGCUCUGGCAGUUCAUGGCCGACGAAGGCGACGGACCUCCCGAGUUCGAUGCGGUCAAAGCCCUCAAUGAACUCGUCGACCGUGAUGUGUCCGGCGCCGCACGCAUCCUACGACAGCGAAUCGAGCAGGUCAUCCAGACCAACGAGGAGACGAUCCUCGCCUACAAGCUCGCGAACCUGCUCAGUUUCUACCGGUUCACAUUCUCAAAACUACUAGGGGACGAGGCAGUCCUGCUGCAAUCGAUGAUAAAUCUCGAGUCUGAGGCCCUACGGCAAUUCCGCUCCCUGAUGCGCGACCACAUCGCCACCCUACAAGGCGAAUUCCAGCACACGCCCUCGGACCUUGGGCCCCCAGACUUCCUACAAAACUCACUGGAGAAGCUCACGGCAAUCAUGCAGACAUAUGACACGUCCCUCGCGUCGGAAGGUGACCGCGAAGCCGACUUCCAGCCCAUCCUGGCGGAGGCUUUCGACCCGUUCCUCGCGGGCUGCGAGAACAUGGCGCGCAAUAUCCGCGCGCCAUCCGACUCCAUCUUCCUGAUCAAUUGCCUGUUGGCAGCCAAGCAUACGCUGACGCGCUUCGACUUCGCGGCCGGCCGUGUGGCGCGUCUGCAGUCCACCAUCGACGAACACACCGCCCGGCUAGCCGAGAGCCAGUACGGCUUCUUCCGCACAGAGUCCUCGCUGUCGCCGCUGCUGGACGCCCUAGCACCCCUAAGCGACUCCAACAAGGAAGACGUGGCCAAGGUGGCCGAGCUCGACGCGGCGCAGCCCGAGGCCCUGACGCACGCCAGCCAGAACCUAGACGACUUCCUGCCGUCCGCCGUCAUGGACGCCAUGGAGAACGUCAAGCACCUGCAGGACGCGGUGCUGGCGCGCGAGGUCACCGAGGAGGCCGCGGAUCGCUUCUGCAGCGACUUCGAGCACGUCGAGGAGAUGCUCAUCUAUGCCGACGAGCUGGUAGAGCAGGAGGGACGGCGCCGGGCGGUAGACGGCCAGGAGAGGCCGAGCUUGCGGGCGCUGUUCCCCAGGACGACGGGCGAGCUCAGGGUCUUGCUCUCGUAG